AUGAUCCACUCCUUCCAAACCAUGCAACCGUUCUCGCAGUAUUUCGGUACAAAUUAUGCACCAUCAGACGAAGAAUGUUUAGCAAUAAACAAACUUUUGGAGCAACCCCGAGCGCGCCUCCUACAAAUCGAGGAGGAAAUUUUGAGAGUCGAGAAGAUACUCAGCGAUCUCAAUCGAGAGCGGGAUUCCGUCAACAAUGCUAUCGAUAAAUACGCCAUCCUUCUCACUCCUAUACGAAGGAUACCCCGGGACGUUUUGCAGGAAAUCUUCAUCCGAUGUCUCCCCACAGACCGUAACGCCGUAAUGGCUUCCAACGAGGCCCCUUUGUUACUUGGCCGGGUCUGCAGUUCAUGGCGAACGACCUCGCGGUCCACGCCACAGCUUUGGUCGACAAUACACAUCCCUAUACCCAGACACCACGCCAGUUUCUAUGCACUAGACAUCCCUCCAGGUGACUACUCAGAACUCGCUGGGAAAGUCGUCGAGGUCAGAGCAACGGUCGCGCGAGACUGGCUUUUGAGAUCUGGGGCGUGUCCCCUUGACAUUUCUCUGAAUCAAUGGGAUGAAGCACCGUCCACUGACCCAGAUCUCCCGCGGCCUUUGCUUACCGUCAUCGUUCCUUUUUCUGAACGUUGGAGAAAAGUCUCUAUCACAGCCCCCAUCCAGAGCCUAUCCAACAUCACAGCCCUUUCACCCGCAGCACUUCCCAACCUUGAAUCCUUGUCACUCAAUUUCUCGCGAGUCAGGUCAUGGGGUUAUGGAGUCGAGCCCACAAGCAGCGUCAAUAAGGACAUCUUCAGAGCGCCUAAACUGAGAGCGCUGUCACUGACACAGCUUCGAGAAGAUUCGCUCCGGCUGCCCGUAAAGUGGGCACAGCUCACCGAAUUAUCAUUGGAAGGCAAUGCAUGGUCACGAGAAUCAGGUCUCUCUGCCUCCAGAACCCUCCAACUUCUCUCGAUGUGUCCCCAGCUGGUACGGUGCAGAUUGGAAGUAGGAAUAAGAGAAAUCAACGAAGAAUUAGACGCUCCCAGUGUACGCCUUUCCAAGCUUCAGAGUUUCUCAAUAUUCGACGCAGUCGGUCUAGGCCCUGCAUUCGAGCGCCUCGACCUCCCAGCAUUAGACGAUGUUGAGUUCCAUACGUCAAUAUGGCCCGGAAGCACCAAGCCCUCGCUAUUCACCCUCCUCUCGCGAUUACAGGUGCCUAUACGCACAAUGACGACGGACCCGCAGAUAUUUACCAAAGAUGAUUUCCUCGAGACUCUCAGUAUCGUGCCUUCACUCAAAACGUUGACGCUGAAGAGAUCUCUCGUCGGCAGUCCGUCCCCAUGGACUGAAGGUCCGGGAACUCCUGACGUCGCGCGCCUUGACGAUACGAUGCUUCAACGCUUGCUCAUCCCAGACGAAGAAGGACGAUGCCUAUUCCCACAUUUGAACACUUUCGAAGUUCUCUCCGACCUCACCUUUCGUGACGAAACUCUACUGCAAUGCGUUGAGAAGAGAGUUUCCAGCGAAGGGGUGACGAAGCUGAAACGUGUGUAUGUUGGGUUCAAUCGGCAGAAGGGCAUCGAUAUAUUGCCGGCUUUGUCUUCCUUCGUCGAGGAUGGGCUGUCCAUUGAUUUGUGCUAUGUGGCCUACCAGCAAAGAGGUCCUUUUUCCCCAUCGGACGGAUUACCGCCUCCACCACUGCCUGCCGGCAUUCCGUGGUUUCGUGGCUUAUAA